CCGAAUCUGUGCAAUAAAAAUAAAUCAACUUCAGCGAAGCUUUUGAAAACUGAUGAUCUGUGAAUAAUGACUCCUCGCGUUGUGAUUGGUCUGAUUGAUGGGACAUUCACGUCUUGUCAUAUUUGUAGAUAUGUUCAGAGAAACGCAGACAUGAAGAACAGAGGAGGCGGCGGCUCGGUGGACAGUCGACUCAGACAGAGAGUGGAGCAGUAUCUGGAGUCCAGCAACAGUGAGUAUGUGGACCUGUCAGCGCUGGCCCUGGAACUUCAAAAACUACACAGAAUGGAGUAUGGCAGAAGGAACAAGAUAGCUUUCAGGAUUCAAGUAGAGAAAGUGUACGACGCCGUCAUGAAAGAAUCCCGGAUCAAUUAUCUGGAGAGCAAACACUUGGCGAAGAGAGCCAAGCACAGCCACGACGACAACGGUGAAGGCAGCAGCAGCAGCGAGAACUCAGCGGAGUCCUCCGACGCUGAACUUAUUCAGGAAAACACGCCCAGCAACCACUUGAACAGCUCGCUCACAUCUCUGUAUCGGAAGGGAAACUCUGACUCCGCCGCCGGCUCACCCAGGAGAGAUCCGCUGGCUGCGAGCGGUCACGUCAGCGCGGACACGCCCCCUCCCAGUGCAGGCACGCAAGUUUCCACGGGCGGCUGGUUCAUCGACCGAGGGAGGGGCCCCGAGAAGAGCAACAUCCUCAUCGACCUGUGUGACGAGGAGCCGAGAAAUACGGCAACAAAUGUACGUACCUGUGGAGAGCAGCAGACAGACGUGUCCCUGCUGGAGCCGGAGAAGAAAUCUCACAGAAAGUCUAAAAAAAGGACAAAGCGCACGACUGAAACAACCGAGCCUCUCACUCUGACCAAGAAAGCAAAAUCAAAGUCCAUCGAGCUGCAGUAUCCCACUCUGAAGUUUGAGGACGUGGGAGGUAAUGAAGACACGUUAACGGAAGUGUGCAAGCUGCUCAUCCACAUGCGUCACCCAGAGGUGUACCAGCAUCUCGGGAUGGUUCCUCCGAGGGGCUUCCUCCUGCACGGACCUCCCGGCUGUGGAAAGACCCUGCUGGCCCAGGCCGUGGCUGGUGAGCUGGAGCUGCCCAUGUUGAAGGUGUCUGCUCCAGAGUUGGUGUCCGGAGUGUCCGGGGAGUCCGAGCAGAAGCUCAGGGAGCUGUUUGACUCGGCCGUGAGCUCUUCCCCGUGCAUCCUGUUCAUAGAUGAGAUAGACGCCAUCACCCCAAAGAGAGAGGUGGCCUCUAAAGACAUGGAGAGGAGGAUCGUGGCCCAGCUGCUCACCUGCAUGGACGACUUGAACAGUCUGACGGUGACGGCUCAGGUGCUGGUCAUCGGCGCCACCAACAGGCCAGACUCCCUGGACCCCGCCCUCCGCAGAGCUGGACGCUUUGACCGAGAGAUCUGCCUGGGGAUCCCAGACGAAGCAGCUCGUCUCAGGAUCUUGAAAACGUUGUGUCGAAAGCUGACACUGCCGGACGACUUUGACUACCAGCGGCUGGCCCAUCUCACCCCGGGCUACGUGGGCGCCGACCUCAUGGCGCUGUGCCGCGAAGCCGCCAUGAGCGCCGUCAACAGGGCUCUGAUGGAAAUGAGAGGAUGGUCGCUGAGCCAAAGCCAGAGUGCUACCGCGGAGCUGUCACCAAGCGGAGUUCAGGCCGAGGCCGCCGCCGCCGCCGCUGUGACAGAUGGAGACGUCGGAGAGCAACAGACGACAGACGUGAGGCCGGUAUCUCAGGAAGAGUCGGGACGGAGUCUGCAGCAGGCACGAGGAAUUGACGAGCAGGGGGAGCUGUGGCACCUCCUGAACCUGCUGAAGAGCAUCGACUCACUGUCGGAGGAACAGCUGGCCGGCCUGUCCAUCCUCAUGUCCGAUUUCCAGACCUCGCUGUCCAGCAUACAGCCGUCGGCCAAGAGGGAGGGCUUCGCCACUGUGCCGGAUGUCACAUGGGAGAACGUGGGCGCCCUGCAGGACAUCAGAGAGGAGCUCACCAUGGCCAUACUGGCUCCUGUACGUUCCCCAGAGCAGUUCAAAGCUCUGGGGCUCAGCGCUCCAUCUGGAGUGCUGCUGGCUGGACCCCCAGGAUGUGGAAAAACACUGCUGGCCAAGGCAGUGGCCAACGAGUCAGGACUCAACUUCAUCUCCGUCAAGGGACCAGAGCUGCUCAACAUGUAUGUGGGAGAGAGCGAGCGAGCCGUUCGACAGGUCUUCCAGAGAGGACGCAACUCGGCGCCGUGCGUCAUCUUCUUCGACGAGAUCGACGCUCUGUGUCCUCGUCGCUCAGGCCACGAGUCAGGAUCGAGUGUGCGGGUGGUCAACCAGCUGCUCACAGAGAUGGACGGCUUAGAGACACGACGACAGGUCUUCAUCAUGGCUGCUACCAACAGACCAGAUAUCAUUGACCCUGCCAUCCUGAGGCCAGGUCGCCUCGACAAAACCUUGUAUGUGGGUCUGCCACCUCCAGCGGAUCGUCACGCCAUCCUACUCACUAUCACCAAGGGUGGGACCAAACCCCAGCUGGAGCAGGACGUCAGUCUGGAAGAGAUCGCCUUUGACGAGCGCUGUGACUGCUUCACGGGGGCUGACCUGACGGCGUUGGUGAGGGAAGCAUCUGUCAACGCCCUGAGGGCCUACCUCAAGUCCCAGUCCCCACCAGCUGCUGCUGCUUCAGGUCACACAUGCUCCGGCGACGCUGUCGCUGACAUCAGAGUCGGCAAACAGAACUUUGAGGACGCCUUCAAGAAAGUCCGUCCAUCCGUAUCCAAAAAGGACCAAAAGACGUACGAGCAGCUCCGACAAUCCCUCAGCACAUGAACUGCAACUGACCUAACUAUCGCUGAACCUGUCGCCACAUAUAUAUAUACACACACACACACAUUUUAUCAUGGUUGAAUUAUGACACUGCUUCCUUGUUUUGUGAUUAAACUGUGUGUGUGUGUGUGUGUGUGGAAACAUCAAACAUGUGGCUUGUUCUCUGAUUUAAGUUUUAGUUCUUAUCACCUGCACAGAUCGGCGACUACUCUGACUCACCGUGGACUGCUGUGUGUCUGAACAGAUGCUAUAGUAUAAGCACAGACACACUGGAUUUUAUUGCUGCUCUUAAUCGGACUACAGUUUGUCAAUGUCAACAUACGACGUGUGUCUCUCUCAACUUUAUGAACCGUUUGUUGAGAGAAGCUAUAAAAAUUGAUGCCACAAAAGAGUAGAAUCUUCUUAGGAUGCCCACGACACCUACACAUUGUUAUUACGUUAUUGUCAUGAAGCUUUAGCGUAUACAUGUUCAACCAGGAAGACUUUCUUUAUGACCCGUUCAUUCAGAAUUAUCUCACUCCUCCCUGCUCUCAAACUUUAUAUCCGUUCUCCUCUUUGGCCGUCGAUUCUAAGUGUCACAUUUCUCCACCCCCGUCUCCAUAUCCAGAGUCGUGCACGACAAUAGAUUCUAUGGAUGUUCGCCAAAACAGUGUAGAUUUAAGCCGGUCGGACUGUUCAGGUGUGUCUGUUAUCAGUGUGUCUGUGAUAGAAAAGCGUCCGUCAGUGUUAAUAUUGCAGCCCAAAAUAAAUCGAUGUAUGUGAAA